UCUCCAUCCAUUUUGCUACAAUAGAAUGGACAAGGUGAAGAAGUUGGUGUCCCAACGAGCGGUGGUAGUCUUCAGCAGCAGCUCAUGCUGCAUGUGCCAUACUGUGAAGAGCCUCCUCCAUGACCUCGGUGUCAAUGCUGCAGUACAUGAACUCGACGAGGAACCAAGGGGAAGAGAGAUGGAGACGGCGCUUGCCGUGCUUGUGAGGCGUAAUCCUCUGGUGCCACUUGUAUUCAUCGGAGGCAAGCUGGUUGGAUCUACAGAUAGGAUCAUGUCACUGCACCUUGGUGGUGAAUUGGUGCCACUUCUUCAUGAGGCAGGUGCUCUUUGGGUCUGAAUACUGAGCUCUGCUCUCAUAUGAAUCAGAUACUACAGAUAUAGAACACAACAUCAUCUAGUUUUAUGUGUGUUGUGUGGAAACAAACUGUGGAGUCAAUAACUAAAAGAACUCUUUUUAGAUCAUACCAUGUAACUUUGGCACUAUAAUGAAGACCAGUUCGAUUUCUCCUA